AUUCGCUCCAUACCACAACCACACUCUUACCAACACACUCUCACCAACACACACACACACCUAUCCACAAACAAAUCUCUAUCAACAUGCAGUUCACCACCAUCGUCGCCUCAGCUCUUGCUGUCGCUUGCGCCGCUGCCUCCGCAGUCGAGGUCAGACACACUGCACCAAUGUACCCAGUCUCCAACGGCACCGCAACUACUGGUGCUGCUGCUCCAAGCGGCACUGGAUCCGCUCCAGGCGCCUCUGCUACCUUCGAAGGUGGUGCUACUCAAAUCUUUGGUAGCUCCGCUGCCAUGGGUCUCGUGCUUGUCGGCGGUAUUGCUCUUGCUCUCUAAGCAACCAACACAUCGACCCGCGUUUUGACUUUCUGCAUCUUGCCCACUCACAGCAACAACAACAAGCAUGAGAGGGAAGAUUUGCAUCUGGCGUUCUGAAGGAAGGAGGCCAACACGACUGCUCAGCAUGGCGCUGCGAGAGAUACCACUUGAUUUGCUUGUACAAUGGAAAUGGCCCAUAAUGUCUAGUGCAGACAGUGGCAUGGGAGGGAGAAGUAAUCGAACUCUGACAGGAUAGAGGACUCAGACAUCGACACUGUCGCGUCGACAAAAGCUAGACAGCAGAAAUAAUCACUGUAUGAUCGCAUGCUGCGAGACAG